AAGACGAACAAUUUAAAAAACGAAACUCGAAACAACAAAUAGGCAAAUUUUAGUUCGAAACUGUCAAAUGGAGAAGCUCACGAAUGUCCAGGAUCAGCAGGAAGAGGAGGAGGAGGGUCCGCUCAGCGUGGCCAAGUUAAUGGGCGGCAGCAUCACAGCAAAGGACAUCAAGCUGCUCCAGCAAGCCAGUCUACACACCGUGGAGUCGGUGGCCAAUGCCACCAAGAAGCAACUGAUGGCCAUCCCCGGGUUGGGCGGCGGCAAGGUGGAGCAGAUCAUCACGGAGGCCAACAAACUCGUGCCUCUGGGCUUUCUUAGUGCUCGCACCUUCUAUCAAAUGCGUGCCGAUGUUGUGCAGUUGAGCACGGGCUCCAAGGAGCUGGACAAACUGCUGGGUGGUGGCAUUGAGACGGGAUCCAUUACCGAAAUCUUUGGAGAGUUCCGCUGCGGAAAGACGCAGUUGUGCCACACUUUGGCAGUAACCUGCCAGCUGCCCAUCAGCCAAAAGGGCGGCGAGGGCAAGUGCAUGUACAUCGACACGGAGAACACCUUCCGUCCCGAGCGAUUGGCUGCCAUCGCGCAGAGAUACAAACUGAAUGAAUCCGAGGUGCUGGACAAUGUGGCCUUCACCCGUGCCCACAAUUCCGAUCAGCAAACCAAGCUCAUCCAGAUGGCAGCGGGCAUGCUCUUCGAGUCCAGAUACGCUUUGCUGAUUGUGGACAGUGCCAUGGCGCUCUACCGAUCGGAUUAUAUAGGUCGUGGGGAGCUGGCUGCCAGACAAAACCAUCUGGGCUUGUUCCUCCGCAUGCUACAACGCCUGGCUGAUGAGUUCGGAGUGGCUGUGGUAAUCACCAACCAGGUGACUGCCUCGCUGGACGGCGCACCCGGCAUGUUUGAUGCCAAGAAGCCCAUUGGCGGGCACAUCAUGGCCCACUCCUCCACCACGCGACUGUAUCUGCGCAAGGGCAAGGGCGAGACACGCAUUUGCAAGAUCUACGACUCGCCCUGUCUUCCAGAAUCGGAGGCCAUGUUCGCCAUUCUGCCGGAUGGUAUCGGAGACGCCAGGGAGAGCUAGUUGCUUAUUCAUAGGUUUUGAUAAUACUAGGAAUGGAGCUGUCCCCCUUAAGUUGCAUUUCUAAAGAUGACUUAUCCAUAGAUUAGGACAAAGUGCUGGAGCUCUAUAUUAUGUUAGGAAUUUAUCUAUAUAAAUUAAGUUUUUUUUAAUGUUUGCUUAGAAUGUAAAGGAUAACGACAAAAUAAAGCAGCCGUUG